UGUGCCUCUCUUUGAUCUACAUGAGGCAUGUCAUCGGAGGAUUGCUGCGCCAACAGCCUAUAAUUGUUCCGGUGAAACUGAUCCCAUGUUCUCAAAGCAGUGGCAGCAGCUGCAGGUCACCCGGGGGCGUUAGGGCAACGUUGCAGCGGACCGUUUCCUUCUAGCCCACAAUUGUGAAUAUACGGUGGCACAAGGCAGCAAUAGUCAGCCAGUUAAGUUUGACCACCGAAAAUGGUUCCAUGUUGUUGUGAUCGACGGCAGCCUUUCCUGAGUGAUCGCCACUGUCACGCACGGCCGAUCUACUGUUCGCACUGUCUUACGGUAAACCCAUGCGCCCACACGCUAAGAACAAUUAACACUUGUUUGCUUGUCUUGUAUCCCUAGGGCAUCAACGCUCCUUGUUACUUCUCACUCCCUUGAGGAAGGCUAACCCUACGCUGGUAACCACCAUAGGAACUGCGUGGCGCAAGACACUGAGCAGUUAACAGAUGGGCAAGACUGGGAUGAGAGGUUGAAGUAUCAGCUGUGACUGAAAUCAAGUGUCACUGUGAACCCUCCUUUAGUUCACUAACAGGCAUAACUACAGAACAUUACAGAUGAAAUAUUGAGCCGCCUUUGAAUCUGAAUUAGACAUGUCAGGCUUUUGGACCAGGGUUACUAGGGAUGACCAGCCUGAAUCAGUCUCUAUCUAUACAAAUGCAAGUCUGAGGCAGCUGUAAAACCUAGAGCUGCUGCCAUGCAUUGGUGAACAUGCCUCAGAAUGGUGACAUACGUCCUGUGGUCAGCACUGGUAUGGACAUUCAAAGGGUUACUGUUCACCUGGAGGUUUUUCUGGGUCAGUCCAUACCGUGCAAUAAAAACCUCUCCAAGGGGACCAUAUGGAUCAGGCCGUGGUGAUGCCAGUAGGCUUAAGCACAAGCUUCCCCUCCACAAAAGGCUGUCAGCUGCUGAGGACGAUAUCCAGACUCUGAAGAACCAGCUCAACAGCCAGAGGGAAUUAUGGGAGAAGAGAUUCUACAAACUGCAGAAGAGGCAGCAGGAUCUACGGAACCAGUUGACCUCUGAGGCUUGGCUGAGAAGUGGCAUCUACCUAAAGCAGGAGGGCAUGCAGGUUCCCCGAGAACUGCUGUUCGAGGCUAUGUUGGAGAAUGGACCACAAGGCCAGUUUGAUGAACGGGAUCCAGACUUUCCAAGGACCACACUCAGGAGACACGAGAUGAUGGAAUUUAGGGCCGAACAGAACAGUCAGAUGUCCUCAUCAGCAUGUGACUCCAGACCACCCUCAGCUUUGUCUGUAAACACAAACACCAGUGUCUCUUCCUGGAGAAGUGGGUCUGGCCCCCACCGGGUCUUUGUGCCACACUCCCCCAUGGACCUGCAGGUUGGCCACCGCGUCCGGGUUCUGUUGCCCUCGGGUCGGAUCAGCACCGGCACCCUGCGCUACCUGGGCCCCGUGGAUGACGGCUCCCUGGACUACCACCUUGGAGUGGAACUGGAGCGUGCUGACAAUGGCUCCCAGACUGGAGUCCACCAGGGACAGCACCACUUUGACUGCAUGCCUGGACACGGCGCUUUCGUGACCUUUCAGAAGUUGCUGAUGGCCUGGGAAUGAGAAGCAAGAAUUCCUUGAAUUUCUCCUUGGGGAUCAAUAAAGUAUCUAUCUAUCUA